AUGGCUUCUUUUAAGUUUCAUGCGUCUACUGCACUCUCAUAUGUGUUAUGUCUUUGUUUGCUUUGUUCUCCAGCACUAGCUAUCAAAAGGGCUUAUGUGGUGUACUUGGGAGAACACUCGCAUCAAGACUCUGAUUUGUACUCUGCAGAACUCAAACAACGUGUCGCGGAUUCUCACCACCAGUUCCUUGCUUCCUCACUGGGAAGCAAACAGAGGGCUAGAGAGGCGAUCUACAACUCGUACCAUAACCACAUUAAUGGUUUUGCUGCGGUUCUGGAAGAGGAGGAUGCAGCAAAGAUUGCAAGGCAUCCGGAUGUGUUGUCGGUUUUCUUGGAUCAAGGGAGAAAGAAGCAUACAACGAAUUCAUGGGAGUUUUUAAAUAUGAAUGCAGAAGGCUUCAUUCGACGCGAUUCUCUGUGGAAGCAAGCCAAUUUUGGUGAAGAUAUCAUCAUAGCCAAUCUUGACACUGGUGUGUGGCCUGAUUCGAAGAGUUUUAGUGAUGAGGGAUAUGGACCAAUUCCAGCCAAGUGGAGAGGCACAUGUGACAAAACUAAAAUCUCUUGUAACAAGAAACUUAUCGGAGCAAGGUACUUUAGCAAAGGGUAUGAAGAGAUUUCAGGGAAACUGAAUGCUUCUGUGAAGACUCCUGUGGAUCAUGAAGGACAUGGAACUCACACUCUGUCAACUCUUGGUGGAAACUUUGUACAUGGGGCGAAAGUGUUUGGAUUUAAUGCUGGAACAGCAAAAGGCGGUUCUCCUAGAGCUCGUGUGGCUUCUUACAAGGUUUGCUGGCCUCCUGUGGGUAAGAAUGGUGAAUGCUUUGAUUCUGAUAUACUGGAAGCCUUCGACUGGGCCAUUCAUGACCAAGUCGACGUUCUUUCACUUUCCAUUGGGGGCAUGCCUACUGCCUACUUCAAUGAUGCUGCUGCUAUCGGGGCCUUUCAUGCUGUCAAAAAAGGUAUUGUGGUAAUAUGUUCAGCUGGGAAUGAGGGGCCAGGAGAAGGAACUGUAACUAAUGUUGCACCGUGGAUCAUAACUGUUGGUGCAAGUACUAUUUCUCGCGAGUUUCUAUCUUAUGUCAAACUCAGAAACGGAAAGCUCCUAAAGGGAGCAAGCCUUUCGGGACCCUUGUCAAUGAUGAAAUUUUAUCCCCUCAUCAAUGCUGCAGAUGCUAAAGCUGUUAAUGCAUCUGUUGACAAAGCGUUGCUUUGUGAAGCCGAAACACUGGAUCCUAACAAGGUAAAGGGAAAGAUAGUAGUUUGCUUGAGAGGUGAAAAUGACAGAGUCGCCAAAAGCCUAAAUGCUUAUCAUGCUGGUGCAGUUGGGAUGAUUCUCUGUAAUAAUGAAGAAAAUGCUAAUGAUAUUUCGGCUGACGCUCAUAUCAUAGCCGCUUCCCAUCUUACUUACGACGAUGGUCAAAUUCUCUAUGCCUACCUCAAUUCCACCAAAUAUCCAGCUGGAUACAUUACACCUCCAUCUUCACAUCUUGGCCAACUUCGUGCUCCGUCCAUGGCUGUUUUUUCCUCCAGGGGUCCAAACACCGUUACACCAGAUAUUCUCAAGCCAGAUAUAACUGCACCAGGAGUGGAUAUUAUAGCAGCAUUCUCUGAAGAAGUAUACCCAGAUGGACACGAAACUGAUCAUCGUGUAACUCCAUUUAAUAUAGAAUCUGGUACCUCCAUGGCUUGCCCUCAUGUUUCUGGAGUUGUUGGCCUACUCAAGAAAAUCCAUCCUGGCUGGAGUGCUGCUGCCAUAAAGUCUGCAAUCAUCACUACUGCCACAACAAGGGACAAUUUCAGAAGACUGAUUCUUAGCGGUCCUAGGAAAGAGGCCACGCCAUUUGACUAUGGAGGUGGACACAUUCAGCCAAAUCUUGCCAUGGACCCUGGUUUAGUUUAUGACUUAAAUGUCGACGACUACCUCAAUUUCCUCUGUGGCAUGGGCUACAACAGUACAGUGAUGAAGACAUUCUCUGAUGGAAGCUACAAUUGUCACCACAAGUACAAUCUUCUCAACUUCAACUACCCUUCCAUCACUGUUGGAAAACUCUCAGCAGAUGGCACCACCACUGUCUUGCGGACAUUGAAGAACGUAGGCACCCCAGGAACGUACAGAGCUCGGGUGCUGCAGCCACAAGGAGUGUCGGUUUCUGUCUUACCUUCCACUCUCACAUUUGACAAGAUUGGCCAGGAGAAGAGUUUUGAGCUCAUUUUGGAGCCCAAGAUAACUAAAGAAAGCAAUAAUUCUGUUUUCGGAGAAUUAUUGUGGUCAGAUGGGAAACACAAUGUCAGGAGUCCUAUAGUAGUCUCAUCAAUAGUAGCAUAAAUAGUAUUUAAGUAUAGGCAACUUAGGAAUAUUGUUCAAAACCUAUUAAUUUUUUAGUAUUUACCAUGUUUAUAGCAAGGCUUGAUAAAAAAUUUGAUUAUCUUGGUAUGUACUUUUUAGCCUCUGCA